CUCUAUUCCCCCAUUCUCUCUCCGUUUAGUUCACAGUAUAUUUCACCAGCCUUAUCUUCAUCUUCUUUUUCUUUUAGGGUUUAGAGAAAAUUUAACAAUUAGGGUUGCUUCUCCUUUGCCGACCCAUGGCUCCCAAAGCUGAUAGUUCAAAGAAGGCUGAUCCAAAGGCACAGGCCUUGAAAACUGCCAAGGCAGUUAAGUCCGGUGCUAACUUUAAGAAGAAGACCAAGAAGAUCCGAACAUCUGUUACCUUCCAUCGACCAAGGACUUUGAAAAAGGAUAGGAACCCCAAAUAUCCACGCAUUAGUGCUCCACCCAGGAACAAGCUUGAUCACUAUCAGAUAUUGAAGUUUCCUCUCACGACUGAGUCUGCAAUGAAGAAGAUUGAAGACAACAACACUUUGGUUUUCAUUGUUGACUUGCGGGCCGACAAGAAGAAGAUCAAGGAUGCAGUCAAGAAGAUGUAUGAUAUUCAGGCCAAGAAAGUAAACACCUUGAUCAGGCCUGAUGGAACCAAGAAGGCCUAUGUCAGGUUGACACCUGAUUAUGACGCCCUGGAUGUGGCCAACAAGAUUGGAAUUAUCUAAACUAAUAUAUGGCCUCACCAAAGUAGAUUUCUGUUUAGAUGGUAGUUUGUUAUGGGGUGUUGAGGGGAGACAUUUGAAGCAACAUUAAGUUAUAAAUUUUCGGUUUGUUAUCUGGUGUAUUUUAGUUCAAUUGGAAUUAUAUUUACUUUUGUUACAGUUUUCAAUUUGAUGAGUAAAUGGGCCGAUAUUAUUUUCCAAUUA